CAUUAUCUAAAUUUCUUCUAAAGCAUCUUCUCCAAUCUUCUGAGUCAUUUUCCUGGUUUGACAUUAGUAUAUCAAAUAGGCAAAGUAAGAAAACUAUAGAAUUUCUUAUGGCCACCAAGAAGCCUAGCAAGCAAAGCAAACUACGCAAGUUCAUUAAGGCUCCCAUUAGGAUAUUGAUCAAGGCCAGGGACAUUUACAUCAAGAGCAUGACUGAAUGCUCCGAUCGCCUUGGCUAUGGUACUGUCAUGGGUUGUCCUACAGGCCAAGUAGUGAAUCACCUGCCAAAGAGUUUUAGUGUCAAUUCAACAAAAUCAAGCAACCAUGAUGAUGACUAUAGACAGCUUUUAAGGGCUGCUUCCACCAGGGGUUUAAGCAAUAGGGUUCAGUUGGAUGUUCUUCAAAGACAGCAAUCUCAAUCUCCAAAAUCUCCAAAUACUUGCAGAGAAGCAAACCAUAUGCCUAGGAGUCAUAGUGUUGGUAUUGGAAGAAUCGACGAAGAAAAGCCUUGUGAUUUUGAUGAAGAUGAUAUCAAGGUCAUAACUGAUGUCUUUCCAAGAAGCAGAAGCUACGCUGUUUCUAAAACAAGGGCUGGAGUCUUCUGAUUAAGCCAAGAAAAGAUUUACAAGGGCAAGUAAUUAAUUUCCUCUGUUUUCUUCAUCCAUUUCUCUUCUUCUCUUGUUUUCUGUGUAUCAUUCUUCAAGGUUUUGUUCAAUCUUUUUGACAAGUUGUGUUCUUGUUGAUAUCAUGUAUGCUACUUGGUUUCUUUGGCAUAUGAUGAAGAACAUGUAGAACAAAGAAUUCAGAGUAUGAUUUCUUGUUUUAAUCAAGAA